UUUGUUUCCUGGAGUGGCUGAAAGAGAUCAGUUCUAACCUGCCCAGCAGGAAUAACGGUCCUUCCUCCAACUAUUUCCAAGGCUUAUUAUCAUUUCGCAAGGAUCCCGUUCUCUUCAAAUCGCUACUGCUCUUGUUUAUUGUUCGUCAACAGAAGUAUCCAAGAAGAUAGAAACGUAAACAAUCAGAUAUUGAGCCUGCGUGCUGCUGAUUCAAGGAGUCGAGUCCAUGCGAACUGCCAUCUGAUCCAGUCUUAUCAAUGAAGCAGCUGAUCAUGGCGGAUGGCCCCAGGUGUAAGAGGCGAAAACAAGCCAACCCAAGACGGAAAAACGCAGUCUUGAACUAUGAGAACGUGGUAGAAACCGGUUCCGAGACGGAGGAGGACGACAAGCUGCUGGUGUCCGAAGAGGACGGCCUGCUGAACGGCGCCGCCAGUCCCAUCAGCGUGGCCAACCACGAGGCCGGCUCCCCGCUGGCCGGCCACACCCUGCUGACCAAGCCCGACGACGACGACGACGACAUGAGGGACAGCGGGGUCGACCACGUCUGGCACGAAAGCGACAUGCUGCGAGCCUCAGUCGAUGGUACUGAUGAAAUGAAAGAUGACAUUGACACUAUGGGGCCUGAUGCCACUCUUCAAACAGUUGGAAACGGUACAGUUAAGAAUGUUGAUUGCACUUCAGACUUCGAGGAGUUCUUUGCCAAACGCAAGCUGGACGACAGCGAGAGCCACGUGGUCAGUAUAGCCGAGUAUCUCCAGCGCGGGGACACGGCCAUCAUUUACCCAGAAGCCCCUGAAGAACUGUCCCGCCUGGGCACGCCCGAAGCCAACGGCCAGGAGGAGAAUGACCUACCACCUGGAACUCCAGAUGCUUUCGCGCAACUGCUGACCUGCCCCUACUGCGACCGGGGCUACAAGCGUUUGACAUCGCUUAAGGAGCACAUCAAGUACCGCCAUGAGAAGAACGAGGAGAACUUCGCCUGCCCACUGUGCAACUACACGUUUGCUUACCGCACCCAGCUCGAGCGACAUAUGGCAACGCACAAGCCAGGAAGAGAUCAGCACCCAAUGCUGAACCAGGGGGCUGGCAACCGCAAGUUCAAAUGCACCGAGUGUGGCAAGGCCUUCAAAUACAAGCACCAUCUGAAGGAGCACCUGCGGAUUCACAGUGGUGAGAAACCGUACGAAUGCCCGAACUGCAAGAAGCGCUUCUCCCAUUCGGGCUCCUACAGCUCCCACAUCAGCAGCAAGAAGUGCAUCGGCCUGAUCACGGUCAACGGCCGCAUGCGCAACAACAUGAAGACGGGCUCCUCACCCACAUCCGCCUCCUCCUCCCCCACCAACAGCGCCAUCACCCAACUGCGGCACAAGCUGGAGAACGGGAAGCCCCUGGGCCUCCAGGACCAGUCCAACCACAUGGACAUCAAGACCGAACCACUGGACUUCAACGACUACAAGAUGAUGUUGGCCUCACACGGCUUUGGAGGGCCCGGAGGUGGCGGGGGGCCGUUCAUGAAUGGUGGGUCAGGGGGCGGGGGAAGCCCACUCGGGGUCCACCCUUACAACUCGGCCCAGAGCCCCAUGCAGCACCCCCUGGGGAUGACCAUGGAGGGCCAGCUGCUCGGGUACCCGCACCUGAGCAACAACCUGAGCGAGGUGCAGAAGGUGCUCCAGAUCGUCGACAACACUGUGUGCAGGCAGAAGAUGGACUGCAAGCCCGAGGACAUCUCCAAGCUCAAGGCGUACAUGAAGGACCUCAGCGCUCAGAUGGAGGAGCAUAAACAGGGACUGACCUCCCCUGGGGGCGGCCCACCCGUGGGCCUGCCCGUGGUCAACCACAACGGAGCCACCAAGAGCAUCAUCGACUACACGUUAGAGAAGGUGAACGAAGCCAAAGCCUGCCUGCAGAGCUUGACCACGGACUCCAAGAGACAAUUUAGCAAUAUCAAAAAGGAGAAGUCGAAUCACACAGUAGACAUAGGUACAGAUGAGAAGAAGAUGAAUGAGAACAACUUAAUGUUUACACCUUAUUCUUGCCAAUACUGCAAAGAGGCCUUCGCAGGUCCCAUCCCUCUGCAUCAGCACGAGCGCUACCUGUGCAAGAUGAACGAGGAGAUCAAGGCGGUCCUCCAGCCCAACGAGAACAUGACGCCCAACAAGCCGGGGAUGUUUGCGGAGAAGCACGCCAUGCUGCUCUCGUCCAUCAUCUCCGACAAGGCCAUGACGGGGCCUGUCAAUCCGUACAAGGACCACAUGUCUGUUCUCAAGGCCUACUUCGCCAUGAACAUGGAGCCCAACUCCGAGGAGCUUCUCAAGAUCUCCAUUGCUGUGGGGCUCCCUCAGGAAUUUGUCAAGGAGUGGUUCGAGCAGAGGAAAGUGUACCAGUACGGCAAUGGCAGGACACCUCCCAUGGAUAGGGGCAUGGAGGUGGGGCUGCCUGCUACCAACCACACCCCAAUUAAAGACUCCAUGACCGCCAGGUCCCCAGUGUCCCUGGUCAAGCCGCCCGACCAUAUCACGUCGCCGACUCUGGCGGAGCUCCACAACAACGUCAACAAUUGUGACACUCCCCUCAGGCUGUCAAAAACCGCCCAUUUUACCGGAACCAAACAGAUGGCUGAGAAGUUGGACCACCACUCCCGCAGCAACACUCCAUCCCCGCUGAACCUCUCCUCCGCGUCGUCGAAGAACUCCCACAGCAGCUCGUACACGCCAAACAGCUUCACGUCCGAGGACCUCCAGGCCGAGCCAUUGGACCUAUCACUGCCAAAACUCAUGAGGGAAGCCAAGCACAUCCUGACCAUGAAAAGCCACCCCAAACCCAACAGUGUCCCCAUUGACCACAACAACAUCUCCUCUCACCGGGAGCACCUGGAGGAGCCCUUGAAUCUGGCCUACCUGUCCAAGAAGGAGUUUUCCGCCUCCAACGGCAACAACAACGGCAACCUCGACAAAAGCACUAGCCACAUGUUUGGCAUCAACCCGUUCAGUGCCAAACCUUUGUACACACAGCUCCCCCCACAGAGUGCGUUCCCCCCGCCCACCUUCAUGCCCCCGGUGCAGGCCAGCAUACCUGGCCUGAGGGCGUACCCGGGACUCGAUCAGAUGGGCUUCCUGCCACACAUGGCCUACACAUACGCCGCAGGGGCUGCCACCUUUGCUGAGAUGCAGCAGAGGCGAAAGUACCAGCGAAAGCAAGGUUUCCAGGGGGAGCUGCUUGACGGCACAGGAGAAUAUUUGUCUGGCCUGGAUGACAUGACAGACUCAGACUCCUGUCUGUCCCGGAGGAAGAUUAAGAAGACAGAAAGUGGUAUGUACGCGUGUGACUUGUGCGACAAAACAUUCCAGAAGAGCAGUUCCCUCCUAAGACACAAAUAUGAGCACACAGGUAAACGACCGCACCAGUGUCAAAUCUGCAAGAAGGCGUUCAAACACAAGCACCAUCUGAUCGAGCACUCGCGGCUGCACUCAGGCGAGAAGCCCUACCAGUGUGAUAAGUGCGGCAAGCGCUUCUCCCAUUCGGGGUCGUACUCGCAGCACAUGAACCACCGCUACUCGUACUGCAAGCGGGAGGCCGAGGAGAGGGAGGCGGCCGAACGCGAGGCCCGAGAGAAGGGUCACCUGGAGCCAACGGAGCUGCUGAUGAACCGGGCCUACUUGCAGGGCAUCACGCCUCCGGGCUACCCAGACCUGGAGGAUCGGGAAAGGGAGCGCGAACGGGAAAGAGAGCAUGAGCGGGAACGAGAGAGAGAACGAGAACGGGACGCCCUCCUACGCGAGGGCAUGAACGGAGGUAUGAGAGAACGGCCGAAGGAAGUGGACGGAACGUACGCAAAGAUAGGACGACGGGAAGACGAGUUCGAGGAGGAGGAGGAGGAGAGCGAGAACAAGAGCAUGGACACAGACCCAGACACGUUGAGGGACGAGGAGGAGAACGGUGACCACUCCAUGGACGACAGUUCGGUUGACGGGAAAACUGAAACCAAAUCUGAUCACGAGGACAAUAUGGAGGACGGCAUGUAAUAAAUGAGAAAACUACUGCAUUCAAAAGCUUCCCAUGUCUUCAUCCCCACCCCAACCCACCCAACCCC